AUGCCGGUCCUGGAGUUGAACGUGGAGAACAUCCAGCCGGAGACCGUACACAAGGACUUCCGUCUGUGGCUCACGUCAACGCCUUCGCCCUUCUUCCCAGUCGCUUUGCUGCAGAACGGGUACAAAAUGACAGUGGAGCCGCCGCGGGGCAUCAAGGCUAAUCUGUUGAAGGCGUAUAUGAAUCAAGUUCCCGAUUUUGGCGAUUAUUUCAACUCUAGUGAAAGCAAAGUUCCAAACUUCAAGUGGCUGCUGUUCGCGCUGUGCUUGUUCCACGGCGUGGUGCUGGAGCGACGCAAGUUCGGACCCCUAGGCUUCAACAUCCCAUACGAGUUCACUGACGGCGACCUGCGCAUCUGCAUCUCGCAGUUGCACAUGUUCCUCACCGAAUACAACGAGGUGCCGCUGCGGAUGCUGACGUACACCGCUGGCCACAUAAACUACGGUGGGCGCGUUACCGACGACUGGGAUCGGCGCUGCCUCCUGUGCCUCCUCGCCGACUACUACACACCGGCCGUGCUCAGCGAACGUCACUACUUCGACGAGCAGGGCGCCUACCACCAGCAACCGGCGACCGCUUCCCUGGACGAUUACACUCGCUACAUCCGCGGCUUGCCGCUCAACGACGAGCCCGCACUCUUCGGGCUGCACAGCAACGCCAACAUCAGCUACGCCGUCUCCGAGACUAACUACUGCAUCGGUACGCUUCGUGAUCUUCAGCCGAAGGAAGUGAGCAGCGAGGGGGGAGUAUCCAUUGAGGAAAUGACGGACCGGGCCGCCAAAGAUAUUUUGGAAGUUUUACCUGCCGUACUGGACGUGCCCUUUAUAUCCCAAAACUAUCCCGUAUCUUAUAAGGAGUCGCUGAACACGGUGCUCAUACAGGAGGCGAUACGUUACAACAAGUUGUCAAAUGUGAUCGAUAGUACAUUGAGGGAUCUGCUGAAAGCGUUGAAGGGGCUGGUUGUAAUGUCGGAAGCCCUAGAGAGCAUGGUCGGGAGUCUCAUAAGGCAGGACGUGCCGUCCUUGUGGAGCGCUAGGGCUUAUCCUUCACUGAAGCCUUUGGGUGCCUGGGUGAAAGACCUGUGUCAGCGCGUCCAGUUCAUGCGCGCGUGGUCCGAGGAGGGUAUCCCGCGCGUCUUCUGGAUCUCGGGCUUCUUCUUCCCACAGGCCUUCCUCACCGGCGCUUUGCAGAACUACGCACGGAAACACGUCAUCGCCAUUGACACCGUCGCCUACGCUUUUGAGCCUCUAGCAAGUCCUCCCGCCAAGAAGCCGGAGGACGGUUGCUGCGUUCGCGGCCUGUAUUUGGAGGGGGCUCGCUGGAACGUAGGCGACAUGGCAUUAGAAGAGAGCCGCGCCAAAGAGCUGUACACAGAGAUGGCAAUCAUCUACAUGAAACCGGAGCAGGGGCACAAGUUGGCUUCAGGUCUAUACGAGUGUCCCACGUACAAGACCUUGGUGCGUGCUGGCACUCUAUCCACCACAGGCCACUCCACCAACUACGUGAUGACCAUCGAACUGGCCACGCACAAACCUCAGGCCCACUGGAUCAAAAGGGGCGUAGCUCUCUUCUGCGCUCUGGAUUAC